AUGCCUUCUUCGGAUUCUAAGCCCAACAUGUCGUUUGACACUGCCUCCAUCUCUACAGACUCGAUCGUGAGUGAGAAGGAGAGAGCACAAGCACAGAAGGACAAGAAACCCUCGCUGGCCAAGAGGGUCGUUCAAGCAAUCAAGAACAUCGAACCUCCUGAGCCAAGAAUACCGGAGGGUCGCGGCGAGGCUCUGCCGGCUUGGUCAAGAUAA